AUGAGCUAGAAUGCCUAAUAAAAAAUAUUUGUGAAUAGAUUUUAAGUGAAAAAGAAGAUUUCUUCAGGAGCUUUUGGUGUGGUUUUUUUAGUUUUAGAUAAAUAAACAAACUAAGAACAUGCACUAAAAUUAGAAAAAGAAGAUAAUGAAGAGAUGAGAUCUUUGGAAAGAGAGGUUGAAAUAUUGAAAUAGUUGAAUGAAGCAGAGGGAAUUCCAAAAUUAAUUUGGUUUGGAGCAGAAGAUGAAUUUAAUUUAAUGGUUAUACAAUUAUUAGGGAGAGAUCUCUCAUUUUAUUUUAGAUAAUAAAAAAAAUUCAGUUUAAAAUGCUCGAUAUAGAUUGCUUAUGACUGUGUUUCAAUACUAAGAAAUAUACAUAAUAGAAAUGUGAUUCAUCGAGAUUUGAAACCUGAAAAUAUAUUGAUGUCGAAAGAUAAUGAAAGUCUAUAUAUUGUUGACUUUGGUAUUAGUAAGGUUUAUUGCGUUUAGGGUGAACAUAUGUACAUUUUGUUCAAAAUUUAAAUCUUUUAGGCCAUUUCGUAAAGAUAAAACAUUUAUAGGUACACCGAGAUAUGCAUCAAUUGCAGCACAUAUGGGAUAUGAAAUAUCAAGGAAGGAUGAUAUAGAAUCUUUAUUUUAUGUUAUUCUUUAUUUUCUUCGUGGAAGUUUACCAUGGUAAAAUUUACCUGUCUCAGAAAAUGAAAGAACAAAAGCAGUUGGAGAUAUAAAAUAAAAAAUUGAUCUUAAUGAUUUAUGUGCUAAUUAACCUCAUGAAUUAGUUGAAAUCUUAUAACAUUUAAAGAGUUUGAAUUUUACAGAUGAACCUAAUUAUUAAUACAUUUUGUAAUAGCUGAAUUAGAUAGCUGAAAAUAAUUAAUUUUUAUUAGAUGGAAUUUAUGAUUGGACAGAAGGCUUUAUGAAAUCAACUAAAAAAAUGAGUUCCCUUGAAUCUAAAAGAUCAUUUGAAUUUAAUAAAAUAAAAGAGCAUUCUCCUGGACAUAUUAUGAAAAGUUCAUCAAAAUUAACUCAUUAAAUAAUAUGGACAAUUAAUGACUAACCAUAACAUGGACAAGUAAAGUAAAUUAUUCUUAUAUAUAGUUUCCAACAUCUUAGUAACAUUUGUUAUAACCUCCUGAUCCAAAUAAAAAACCAGGUUAAAGAAGUGAUUUAAGACAUUUUUCGAAUUCAUCUUCAAAUUCUAACGUUGGAUCUUUUAGUUCAAUGAAAAUCAAAUAUUUACCAUCUUAAAUUGAAAUAGAAAAACCUUCUCUAUUUCCAAAAUGGGAAAGAAAUAGUGUUUAGUAGAACUCAUAAUAUUAAGAUUGGAUGGAUGAGAAUAAUUCUGAUAUACCAUUAGAAAUUAAAUAUAAAAAUUAUACAAAGAUUUAAUUAUUUGGGUAUUUUAUUAAAUAUAUAUAAUUUAGGGUACAUAACAAAGGAUUCAAUAAAUUCCUUGAAAACACUUAUUGA